UCAAAGCCAUUGGCCAUUAGCUUCUCGUUAGAUCCUCGGCUUGAAACCCCGCAAAGACCCACUCACCGGGUUUCCGUAUUUGCGCGAUGAAUCCCUGUCAUUAUUAGUCCUGCUCCCUGUACCCCACGAGAUGCAUGCUUUCCUACUGCUAUACUCGAGAAGAGGGGGAUGGCGCAAAUAGGAAUAAUUUUGCGAGGAAAUGUCUUCACCUUGCAGAGACACUGAAGAUUACUGUCCCUGCAGACAUUAUUUUCUUCCACACCUGUCAUGAAGACACGACCGGCGGGCAUCGGAAGUGCUCGAGCGGACUGGAUGGGGUCGCUGUCCCCGAAGCUCACUGCAAUGCCCCUCAAAUACCUCGCUGUGCCAGGGUCCCACGACUCGUUUACAUUCUGGGUGGACGUGAAGGCACCUGUGGGUCCUGAUCAGAAGGCGUUUGUCAAGUACCUGGCCACCAUCUUCAGACACAUGGCCAAGAAGGUCAUGGUGAAGUGGUCCAUGACCCAGAACCUGACUUUUAGAGAGCAGCUUCAUGCAGGUAUCCGCUACUUUGACCUCCGAGUGUCUUCUAAGCCAAGAGAGCCAGGGAAGGAGAUCUACUUCAUCCAUGGACUCUUUGGACACAAGGUGAGGGAUGGGCUGUCAGAUAUCAACUCGUUUCUGAACAAACAUCGGAAAGAGGUCGUGUUCUUGGACUUCAACCACCACUAUGCUAUGGAGGAGGAGCACCAUGUCUACCUCAUCAGCAUGCUGCAGGAGGUGUUUGGCAGCAAGCUGUGCCGGGCCAGCCCUGUGGAGACCAUCACCCUUGACUUCCUCUGGGAGAAGAAAUACCAGGUGAUAGUGUUCUACCACCACACUUCAGCACAGGGCUGUCCUGUCAUUUGGCCCGGCAACAAGAUCCCGGCACCCUGGGCCAACACCACCAAACCACACAAACUCAUCAAGUUCCUGGAGACCACGCUGCAGGAGCGGCAGCAGCAGGGCUCCUUCCACGUGUCCCAGGCCAUCCUCACCCCAAAGGUCAACACCGUGGCCAAAGGCCUGGUGUGGGGCCUACGCAACUACCUGGUGGAGAGAAACCUUCCUGCCAUCAUGACCUGGGUGGAGGCUCAGAAGCCCGGCGUUGGCGGUGUCAACAUCAUCACCUCUGACUUUGUGGAGCUUACCGACUUUGCCAACACCGUCAUCAGGCUGAACAACCUGCUGCUGUCUGAGAGGGACCACAGCGGGGCUUCGUGACAGAGGACACGCCCAGUGUGGGUCAUUCAAGGUGGAUGAGGUGGUGUGUAAAUGCUUGAGACAGUUGUGGAAUGAUGAUGUAAGCAAGAGGACGGGACACCAAACAAUUGUUAUGGCAACAGGUAAUUUUUGCUUGUCGUUGUUGUUCAGCGUCUGGUUAUAGUGACAAUGAGGUUUGCUUUGCACAGAAGCACCGAGAGUAGGAACGAACAAAUGUGAUUGAAGUUAAGCCAAGGAGAUCGAAUCAUGGAUGAAUAUUGUUGCAUUAUGGGAUUGCAGUGGGAAUUGAUAAGACAGAUAUUGAUAGUAAAGAGGAAGUUGAACUACGCCCUUCCUGCCUGAUGAGAAGUCCAUUGGUCAUGUUUAAAAUUCACCUUUUGUGCUAAAACUAUGAAUCAGACGCUUUUUCCAAACUACGGAUAAAACUGACAACAUGGGUAGGUAUGCCAAUGUGUUUAUGGUACUGUACACUACAUUGCUUUGGGAAUGAAACAUUGCCUUUUUCAUUCAUAAAUCCAGAAUUAAUUUUAGAUACCACAGAGAUUUUCACACGGUUGGUGAUGGUUCAUCACUACCUAUGAUCUGUCAAAUGUCUCUCAUGUACUGGAUUGAGUUAAAAUAGAAAUUGCAUGACCUGCAUUGCUGUUCUGUAUGUAUAAGAAAUUAGCUUCAGCUAUUUGAUGCACUAUAUUUUUAUAGUAUUUUGAAGUAUUCUAUUAUAUAUUAUAUGAUAUUGUCUGUGAAGAGUAUCCAUGGUUUAAAUGAGCAAGUUGAUGCAGCUUAGAUUGCAUGUUUCGAAAGUAAAGGAUCACAAUAGUUUUUACAUGGAAACUCCAA